CUCAAGGUCUCUCUUUUAGCCAUCAAUGUCCGGGGAGAAGACGGUGUCGCCAUGGCCCAGUUUGUAGAGGUAUUGGACAGAGUACAAGAAGCCCUGACUCAGUCCUCUCCUGCUCAGAUUCAUGCUCUGCUCCAACGUUUGGUCGAGGAGCAGAUCAUCUCCGAGGCCUACAUAAGGAGCUUAGGCCUGUACCAACUUUCUGACAGGAUGGCGCCUGCAGCAUGUAAACUAAGGUCUGAUCUGAUUAGUUCUCAGGGAUCGACCUCCGACUGCAACCUCAACCAAGGUCAACUCAGCCAAGUGAGGGAAUGUGACCAGACAAGAUUAGAGUUUGAACCGUCAGGGGCUGAACAUGACUGCACAGGACCCACGCCAAAAAUGGAUCCACUUUCUGAACAUCAAGGGUAUAAUCCAAAGUUUAUUCAGGAAUUGGGUGGGGGGCCAGUGAUGGACAACCACUGCCUCAACCACAGGCUCUCUUCUACAUCGAUAAUAAGUGACUAUAAAUGCGGUGUAACAUUAGACGGUGAAAUGACAGAACUGCAGAGAGGUGCAAAAAUAGUGCAGAAGCUAUUAGGUGAUAGUGAAAUGACAAUAGAUGAGGGGAAUUUGGAGGAUGACAAGGAGUGGUUAGAGCAGGUAGAGGAGGCAGCGAGGCGGAUCGCUGUCCCUCUAUGGCAGCACUGGGACAGAGGACAGAGCAUCUUUCUGCCCCUGCUGACUGUUAUUACUGCUGGCUGUGCAGAGAGAGAAAACACAACAACAGAAAGAGAAGCACAGUGCCAUGUGUUCAAUAUGGAAGAGGAAACGGAGCUUGCACUCGCUUGCAGGACUUUAGAUUUGUACGGUGACAGCUUUAACUUUACAGAUGCAGACUCAAGAUUCAUGCUGGAUACAGAAGGAUCCGCUGGCACGGCAGAAAGUCCCUAUUUUCCUACAGACGAUGGAUUGGCGUCAACUGACUUGAACCAGUUCUUUACCUCUGAAACAGGAAGAAAAGUCUCACCUGAUCUGGAUGUCUGCAGGGCAGCUGACGGGUCAACAACUGAUUUGCUCUGUUUAAUGGAAGACAUACAAUGGGGCACGGACAUAGGAUUUACAGAAGACAUAACACAUUUAUUGUCUCCCUGUACACCAACAGACACUUACACUGACACACAAGACCAGUCGUUUUACUCCAACACAGAUCAGAGCAUGACAUUAGGCAUUUCCAACGAUGCAGAAAAUGUUUUAAAGACUUCUUGUGGUACGAACACUUGCAUGACUGAUGGCUCAAGGAGUUUGCAUUGGAAUAAAGAGGAUGAGGAGGGUGUGGAUUUGCACUGCGGUGCCACAAUGCAGGAAGUGGAACAGGAUCCAUUUUUAUGUCCUUUCGAUCUACCAGAUGAUUUAUCUGAAAUCUUGACUGAGGACCUCUUGAGGAUAUUUGUGGAGCUCGACCCCGAUCGGCUGUUUGACGAUCCACUGUUGAAUUGUGAAGAUGAACUCAUCACCUGCACUGAUCUUCCCAUGCCAAUGGAGCUGCCCAUCCUCGACAGCCAGCAGCAAGGAGAGGAGGACAAACCCACAGACAAGACCAACAGGAGAAGUAAAAGACCCAGAGCUUCUGGGAUACAACAGUGCCCCGAUGAGGAUACACCAUCCAGACCAAAGAGGCGAAGAGCAGCAGCUCGACCAAAACCCAAAGUGGCACAGCCUGAGCCAGUUAUCACCCAAGCCACAGGAUCAGAGUCAAGUUCAGCAGAUACAGCUGGCCUCUCCACCACUCCACCAACAAUCCUCCAUCUCCAUCCCUCCAUUCAGUUUAUCACCAUCCCAGAGGCUCCAUCAUGUCAAGUUGUUCAGACACUGCGACUCUCUCCGUCAGUAAUUACAUUUCCAAUUCCCAAUACUGCUGCUACGCCUACAUACAUAUUUGUUCCUGCCGCAUCACCGCAAUUCAAACCCCAAGUACCACCCCUCUCCCCAACGAAUGGUGAAGUAGCGCCAGUCCAAAUGAGUUCAUCCCCACGAGGAUCUCUGUCAGAAACUGCAAGCAAAGCCAUAACUCAUCCCUGUGCCUCACCCAUCUCCCCCAGCAAUGAGCCGUCUACGUGUAAGGAAUCCCCUUUUCCAGUCCUUGAUAUUCCACAGGUUGUAAAGGACUACAUUCAGGAAGUCAAAGAAUACAUGAGUCAAGCUUGCCUGGUUAUGGAGGAUGGCCUCACCCUAACCUCUCAUUAUGUGGAUGUGCAAGUAAGCCAGAGGGAGAUUCUACAUUCUGGAAAAAACACAAACAAAGCCCUCGACAAAGAGCUGGUCAGCAUGGGAGACACAGACCGACAAAAAAGCUUGUUGGGGAGGAGUCAGAUCUUUGAAAGAUCAAAUGGAGACCAACCAAAACGCUAUAUAUUGCUUCUGGGCAAUGCUGGCAUGGGAAAAACCACCCUGAUCAGAAGACUGUGUCUUGACUGGUCCACAGACUGCAUCCCACAGUUUGACUUUGUUUUCUUGUUAGACAGCAAGGCACUCUCUUUAACGGACGCUACAUUUAGCCUUCAGACCCUCCUACUAAACCUCUCCUCCAUUGCCCCUUCCUGCAAGGACCCAAGCGCAGUGUACGCUCAAAUCUGUGCAGCCCCGAAGCGCGUGCUUGUCAUUUUUGAUGGUUUUUGCGAGGUGCGGGACUAUGAAAUUCUUCUCCAGACUCAAGAAAAAGAUUUAGUAACGUCAUUACAGAAGGACAGUAAAGCACAGACCUACACAGUAAGACAGUUAUACGCUUCCAUCCUUCAGAGAGUCCUCCUUCCAGGAUGCACUCUUCUGCUUUCUACCCGAACAAGAGGCACAGCCAGCCAGAUUCUCCGCCGAACAGACAGCCUUCUGGAGGUGUGUGGCUUCACCCCCACUAACAUACAGAUAUAUCUGUCCCACUACUUCACUGAUCCUGACCUCAGAACAUCUGCUUUGGAUUACUUAAAAACCUGCAGCUAUUUACAUUUCCUCUGCUGGAACCCUGGACUUUGUCGCUUGGUCUGCUUGGUUUUAGAACAAUGCAAAAGUUUGAAGGUCCUACCGAGAACGUUAACCGAGCUUUGCCAUCAAGUGCUUUCUCUGAAAGUGGAAGAAGACAGAAAGAACACACACUCAGAGGCUGAAACUCAAUCAGAAAUAUCAGAGAAAUCAGUUCAAGAAACUAAGACAAAAAGCUCAAGUAGUUCUCCAAUGAAGAGGCGUAAUAAAAACACUCGCACACAAAGAGCAAGGUGUUCAAAAAAACAGGGAAAAAAAGAUGACAAAGACGGAGAGGAAAUGAAGAGUCAUGGCCAGGAAGCUAUUCAAACACAGGAGAGGGAGCUGCUGGCCCAGUUAAGUUCACUGGCCUGGGAGGGGAUCAAAGCAAACAUUUCCAUUGUCCCCAAAGGACGGACCAUGUCUGCCAAACUCAAGGCGUUCUGCCAAAGAACAGGGCUCUUACUCUCUUAUCAUCUCAGGACGAGGCAGGUUGCCCCAAGUUGUGAGAGUGAGGAGAGAGGGGAAAUUGGAACAAGAGAGACUGGAGAAAAGAGGGGAAGCAAGGCAAACACGGAAACUUUAAAUGCAGAUGCCAGUGAUGACCAGAUCGUGAUGUGGGCCAACCCUUUCCUUCAGAGUUACCUUGCAGGGCUCCAUUUGUCUCUGUCAAGGACCAUAACAGACCGUGCCUUCCUCCAGAACCUCCCUUUCCAAUCUGGCCAGAAGAGUCGUCGGCGGCCCCAAAGGGAGGAGUUUGAACUGACUCAGCGGUUUGCCGUCGGGCUGUUGUUCUACAGCAGGAGAGAGCUUCAGAGGUUUCACUCAUACACAGAGACAACCUUCAGAGACAUGGUGGCCGCUAAGCAGGCUUUAGUGACAAAACACCUUGAAGGUCUUUCCCAUGAUGACCUGAGCCCCAACCAGGUCCUGGAGGCUUGUCGCUAUGUUUAUGAGGCGAGCUCAUCACAUGGUGAUGGUAGCAGAGACAGUGAUAGUCAACGAUUGGUUGCUCAUCUGGCAGAGAAUCUUCCAGAAGUCUUGACAUUUAACGGAGUUCCUUUUAAGCCAUCGGACGUGUUUGCUGUGCAGAACGUUCUCGACCAGGGUGGAGCUGAAGGUAGAAGGUUUUGUUUGAAUCUGGAGGAUUCAGGGAUACAGAUUGCGGGACUCAGAGCUCUGGUGGGCCUCAACAACAUCAACACAUACAGGGCGUGCAUUGCUGAUGUCAUCACCCUAUGGGAGCAGCUAGAGCAAAGCGGUGAGGUAGUGCUCCUACAAGUGACGGUGUCCAAAUUCAAGAUCCCCCAUCUGAAGGCCACACAAGUGUGUCAUAUAGAGCACCUGGCAAAGCUGGUGAACAUACAUGUGCAUAAGAGGCUGUCAGUCAGUUCCAGCCAAUCCGAUUCAAUCUUGGCAGAGGGGGUACCAGCAGUCAAAGAGCUACACAAGCUAGAACUGGAGCUUGGUCCAGAGAAAGGUCCCCUGGUUCUUCCCAAGCUAUGGGAGCUCCUUCCAGGUCUACAUGACCUUCAGCACUUAGAUCUAGAGAACAGUAAGAUCGGGGACAAUGGAGCAGAGGAAUUAACUAAUAAAUUAGUCUCACUUGGAUCCCUGGAGAUUCUCAAUUUGUCAGAGAAUUGCAUAGGAGACCAGGGGGUGAGGAAACUGGCAACUGUGCUGAUGGAUCUCCCCAAACUGCACUGUCUAAGUCUCUACAGUAAUGUGAUCUCUGAUGAAGGGGCAGAGACUUUGGCUGCUGUCAUCCCACACAUGGCUUCGCUCACUGACCUUGAUGUCAAGUACAACAAACUAACAAGUGUUGGAGCACAGAGCCUGGGAGCCAGUCUGAGGAACUGUAGAAACAUAAAGACUUUGAGGAUGUGGAACCAGUGUAUUCCAUACGGAGUGUUUGAGAGACUUCAGCAGCAGGACAGUCGGAUCCAGUGGCAGUAGAACGAUAUGAAACCUCUACCACAUGCUACAUGUUUACACUACACACUACAUUUUGUACAGCAUGUGUGUGCUCACUAUCACAAACCAAAAAAUAAUUCUUUGCUGCUUUAUUCAAAGGGGCUUCCUGUCAGAUGGUUUUAAAGAUUCCCCUCAGCACUACAAGGAAGUAAAUUCAACCCUAACACAGUCUGCUGUAUUUGUUUACUGUAUAGGUGUGUUGUUUGGCUAGACUGUCAAGACUCAUUUUUGCACUAUAUGAUAUCUGUAUAUAUGCAAUCACAUUUUUAUAAAUAAAAUGUUUCAUGUUGUUA